CUAAGGGUAAAGUUGUAAUUUUCUCAUGUCAAUAAGGGCAGGUUUGUAGUUUUCAGAACCCUUCUUGUUUUUUUGUUGACGGGAACAACACCUUAACCGUCGGCCACCGCUCUAAUCUUCACCUUCUCCGAUCGUUCUCUCACCGGAGACCCUCUCGUUUAUCUCCCGAUCUCCGACGUCGACCGACGCCACCGCCACCGCCACCGCCAUCACCUUAUAAUAUAGAUGUUGUAUAUUUGUUAGAAGAGAAAUGUUGAAAUAACUUAUAUUUUUGCAACUUUUGCAAUUCUCCAAUCCAACAAGUGUAUCCAUGAAAAGAAAAAAGGAUUCAAUUCCCUCUCCAAGGGUUAGCCAAAGAUGCAAUAAAGCAAAAGGGAAAGUUGUUGAUGAGACACAAAAUCAUCAACUUUGCCCUUACUUUGCUAAUAUUCCAUCUCACCUCACUGUGCAAAUUUUGCUUCAACUUCCGAUUAAGUCUCUUCUCAUUUGUAGAUGUGUGUGCAAAAUGUGGAAAACACUCAUUUCAGAACCACAUUUUGCUAAAUCGCACUUUCAGAAAACACCCGUUAGUCUCAUGAUUCGGACAAACGACCAUAGACGAGUGUCAAGUACCUUAUACCUUCUUGAGUGCGAGCCUGAAAAGUUUGAGAUUGGAAGUGACAAUCAUGUGAAGCUUGAGCCUAUUUUCAAGCUUCCUCUUCGUGAUGCCAAUUCAUUUGGGGAGAAACGAAACCAAAUAAAGAAUAAAUCUAAAUGCCCUCUCCUCAGUAAGAAUAAUUUGUGUAGAGAAAGCCUUUAUAUUGCUAGCAAACCAGACCUUGAUAAGUUUGGUAUUGUGAAUUCUUGCAAUGGCUUGCUUUGUUUGUGUGAUCCAUCUAAUGGAAACCCUUUAGUAAUUUGCAACCCAGUCACUGGGGAGUUCAUAAGACUUCCUGAAACUACUACAACUCCUACGUUAAACACAACUCGAGUAACAAGGCAACAACGACAAACUGCACUUGGUUUCCUACCUAAAACUAAUGAAUAUAAGGUGAUAAAAAUGUUGAUUAGUAAUCAUGUCAAUGACUGUGAGAGUGUGAUCCUUGAGAUAAACACACUUGGAACACCAUCAUGGAGAAAUGUUGAAGCGGAUUCUCAAGUUUCUAUUCCAUUGCUUAAGUAUCCCACUUGUGUGAAUGGUGCACUUCAUUGGAUCGGAUUUGAGGGUGGAUUUGCGGGUCGGCAAAGGUCUAUAUUGUGUUUCUGUCUAGAAAGUGAGAGGUUUCAAUCAUUUCCUUCUCCUCCGCAGGUGUUUGGAAAUCAUAAUAAUAGAACUCGUGGUAACACCAAGAUUACUAUGGGAGAAUUAAAGGGAUUUCUUUACAUUUGUGACUCGACCUUUUUCACUGAUGUUACAAUGUGGGUUAUGAAUGAAUAUGGCAAUGGAGAAUCGUGGACUAAGCUGUACAACAUUGAUCCAUUAGUCAGUUCUUUUGGGAGUCCCGAUCCGUCACGUUAUCUGUCACAUUAUGGUUUAUGUUUUCCAAUAAAACACUUUGAAGAAGGUGCUGCCGUAUUGUUAUAUCAUCCUUGCAAUUGGUUUAUCUACUAUGAACCUGAGAAAUAUGGAUUCAAAGUUUUUCAAAUUCAUGGGUCUGCUCCAAAUUUUGUUGAAAUAAUUCCACAUAUUCCAAGUCUAAUCUCAUUGAAGCAUGUCGUAAAAGGAGACAACAUUGAGGUGCAGAAUAUCCACUCAAGGUGUGCAAAGUUUAAAUUGCAUGAAGAAAAUGAAGCUCUUUCAUUGUCUCAACCGAUUGAUGGAGACUUAGAAAGUCUACGUUCAUUAUUUUAUUAUGACAGUAACACAUAAAUAUAUCUUCCUCCUCAUCCUCAUCUGAUAGUGUUGGUGAAGAAUCUGGUGAAGAGGACUCUUCCUAAGAAGAGUAUGUCUGUUUUCACAUUGAUUGGCAUUCUGUCCCCUUCUUAUUACGAUUUUCGGUAUGUUACUUAGGCUUUGUUUCGUAAUAUUGGUGUUAUUUUAUAUAGGUGUGGAAAUUUUAAAUUGUGUGAAAAAAAUGAAGAUCUUGAUUGAUGACUUGACAAGCACCUUCCUCCUCUGGUGGUGAGGCAUUUGGUGAAGAGUACAACUUAUAAGAAGGAAUUUGCAUACAGUAGUUGUGAUUUGGCUAGUUAUGAUUUUUGAAAAAAAAAUACAGAUAUGGUUUUAGGAUGCAAAUGAUGUCUUUUUUGUAAACUUUAAUCUAGAUGUUCAUUAGUCAUUAUCUAUGGUUUUACGAGACUGGUUUGUUAUCUUGUUUUGUUGGCUUGGUUUAGAAAAAGACAAUGAUUAUUGCUCAGCCUUUUCAUUUUGUUUCUU